AUGACUUCUGAACGUUUACUGACAAGUCGAUUGAACGCUACGUACGCUCUGGUCUUGUUGAUACAACAACAGUAUCAGUUGAGUGACGACACGGGACAUGAAUGGCCGAUGCCUGUGACUCAUUGUACUACACCUGGCCGAGCUUUGGGCACCGGUGACUCACCUCUGGGGCUCGAACUGGGUGACGUCAUCGGACCGCUAUGCGCCUGCGCAUUCAUAUUGUACUACUGUGACUGUCACUAUACAUACAUAUGCUGCGUGUUCCUGUGUCUCCUGGCGUGGUGUCCGUGCUCGCAGGCGGCGGGCCCCCUGGGUCAGUCGGAGCGCCCGGAGGCCUACUUCAACGGCUCCUCGUACAUCCGACUCGCCACUCCGUUCUCACUCAAACAACUAGUGGGCCUCAGCUUCAGGACGUGUGUCGGUGGUGAGCUGUUCUCUCAGCGGUUCGAGGGGUACACGCUGCAUGUGACGGCGCUGCUGGAGCAGGUGGUCGUGUCGUGGGCGAGGCCCGGCCUCGGUCCAAGAGAGGUGGGGCUCGCGCGGGAGACGCUCGACAACCGCUGGCACUGGGUGGCGCUCCGCUACCGGCCCAGCCCGCCGGCCCUGCUGCUAGAAGUCGAUAAAGACACACAGGUGAUAUCGAACGUGACAUGGAACCCGGAGCUGCUGUCGAUGGGAGCCCUGGAGGCGGGCGGCGCGGUGGUGCUGGUGGGGAACCUGUUCUCGGGCUGCGUGCACGAGGGGCCUCAGCUGGAGUUCCACGCAGCGCACGUACUGAAGGCGACCGCUCGCUUUACGAGCUGUCCCCUCACUACAGAUGCCUGUAAAGACGGUAAGGACGUGCUGCGGAUACCCCCGAAAGACCACUGCUACAACGAACCAUGCCUCCGACAUGGCACCUGCAUCUCCAGACACGAUAAGUACGAGUGUCACUGUACAGCGCGAUACACCGGCAACAACUGCGAGGUGGACAAAGGUGACCCGUGCGCCUCCAGCCCCUGUCGGCACGGGGCGCGCUGUGUGGAGGACGCGCGGGGGGACUACACGUGCAUGUGUCCGCCGCUGUACCGAGGCGUCCACUGUGAGCUGGAGGAGUCCCUGGACCCGCAGUGCGCCGCACAGCCCUGCCGGAACAACGGCAGCUGCAGCGUGCCGCCCGGCGGUGACGAGUACGUGUGCGAGUGUGCUCCAGGCUACACCGGACGGAACUGUGAGACCGACGUGGAUGACUGUGAGGAGGCGGGACCGGACGCCUGUCUGAACGGAGGGCGGUGUGUGGACGACGUGCACAACUACACCUGUGACUGUAGCGGGACCGGGUACACGGGCCCGCGCUGCGACACCAACGUGAACGAGUGCGAGGAGGAGCGAGGCGUGUGCGGCCACGGCGCCUGCUAUGACACGUACGGCGGGUUCGUGUGCGCCUGCCUGCCCGGCUUCACGGGCGAGCGCUGCCACAAGAUGUCGGCCUGCGCCUCGGGCCCGUGCGGCGCGGGGGGAGCCUGCGUCGAGGAGAACGGCGGCGCCGGCUUCCGCUGCGUAUGCGCCCGGGGCCUCUCCCCGCCGCUGUGCGCGCCGACCCCGCCGCCUCCGGCCGCCGCGCCGCCCGCCACCACGUCGGGCGCGCCGCCCUCCACGCCGGGCGCGACGUGCGCGGACGUGUCCUGUCCGCCCCACUCGCACUGCGUGGUGAUGUCCCGCCAGAUGGUGUGCGCCUGCGACCUCGGCUUCUACGGGCCGGCGGGCGCGGCGCCCGACUGCUCGCCGCUGGAGUCCGCGUGCGAGGCGGGCGUGUGUCUGAACGGCGCCACGUGCGUCCGCUCGCAGGACCGGCUGGAGUGUGUGUGCGCGCCCGGGUACAGGGGUAUGUAUUGUGAGACGGGUCUGUCGGGGAAGUCCCUGUCUGAGCGCUGCGCCUCCGCGCCCUGUGUGCACGCCGUCGCCUGUAGAGAUCUAGUGAGUAUCGACACACGGCAACAUUACUUGAAAAUAACGAAACGGAGUAGGGAGGCGAGCGGGUUCCGCUGUGAGUGCGAGGCUGGCUGGAGCGGCGCGCGGUGUGAGGUGGAGGCGGGGGCGGGGGAGGGCGCGCCCGGCCCGGCCGAGGAGGACCCCUGCUCCUCCGCGCCCUGCAACAACGGCACCUGCACCCUCAGGGACACCACCGCCUUCGACUGCACCUGUCCGCCCGGCCUUACCGUAAACAGAACGACGACUGACCCAUCUAACGGUCGCACACAGAGAUUGAACAUAUUACGGAACAGGCUCAUAGGAUACGAAGAUAUCAGUGAUCCGAGAAUCGAGUUUCAGUUCACUAAAUAUAUGAAUAGGAGAUGA